AUUAUAAGUAAGGCGUUUUUUGAUGGGUAUAUUAUUAUUGCUUUGACGUUGUGUGCCAUCUGUCACACUGAAGCGUUGAGAUGGUAUAAUAUGUGCGAUAACCUGUGAGCUGGUCGGGCCUUAGCAUUGAUUCGCCAUGUCUUCUCACCUGCAGUGGAUGGUUAUUCGUAACUGCUCCAGCUUCCUCAUCAAGAGGAACGGACAGACCUACAGCACCGAGCCAAACAACCUGAAGUCCAAGAACUCGUUCCGCUUCAAUGGCCUGGUGCACAGGAAGACUGUGGGUGUGCAGCCCGCUGCUGACGGCAAAGGAAUCAUGGUUGUCCUGAAGAAGCGUGCAGGUCAACGCAAGCCUGUCAGCACAUACGAGAAGAUCACCAUUAACAAGAACUCCCGCGCCACCCUGAGCAGUGUCAGGCACAUCAUCGGCAAGAACAACUACAGGAGAGACCUUCGCAUGGCGGCUCUGCGUCGUGCCAGUGCCAUCCUGAAGAGCCAGAAGCCUGUGGUGAUCAGGAAGAAGCGCACCAGGGCUGCCAAGACCGCAUAAAUGUCAUAAUUCUGAAAUAAAACAUUUUGAAAACA